UUUUUUCAGAAGAAAUGGCGAAGUCUUUGGUGUUCACACGUAGCAAAAGUCUCUCACACCUCGUUGAGAAGGGAAUUGGGGGGCGCCAUUCCGAUGGAGGGCUCACAGUUGCUGUAUUCGGGGGAACCGGGCAAAUUGGUCGCAAUCUUCUCACGCGAAUGGGCCGAGAGGGUGUACAGGGAGUAGUACCCCACAGAAUUUCGGACAAACGAGUGAUCCAUUUCAAACCCAUGGCCGAUUUAGGCCAGUUCAAUUUCAUCUCAAACUACGACAUUAGAAACGACGAGGCGACUGAGCAAAUUGUGAAACACUCGGAUGUUGUCGUGAAUUGUGUUGGCCGAACUUUCCCUACCAGAAAUUUUUCACUAGACGAAGUACAUGUAACAUGGCCAUACAAAUUGUCAAAAUUGUGCAAAAAAUACAGCAAAGAUAGACUCGUGCAUCUCUCUGCAUAUGGAGCUAGUGAAAAGUCGGACAGCAAUUUCUUGAAGUUGAAAGCUGUGGGAGAGAAGGUUGUUAGAAAUAACUUCCCAGAAAGUGUCAUUUUGAGACCUGCCCGUGUUUUCGGAAGAACGGACGACUAUCUGACGCUGAUGAGAUUUCUGCCACAUAUUUGGGGAAACCUCUUCGUAGGAAAAAGAUGGUCGGACAAGCAUCCGAUCUUGAAAAUACCCGUAGCAGUUGGAGAUAUUGGACAGGCGGUUCUGAACGCGUGCCGUAUGCCUAAAAUAUCAGGACAGACUUUCGAGCUCUUCGGAUCCGAAGCUUAUUAUCUCGAAGACUUACAUGAGUUCGUGUAUGACAUCAUGAACAAGGAAGGACUCGAGGAAGAUCAUGAGAGGCAGAUAAGACAUGUGCCAAUUGGACUUCUCAAAGCCUACGCUAGAGCAUGGGAGUUAUUCUGGUUCAUGGGCGAGCCGCCUCUAGACAGGGUACUGAUUGAACUGAACCACCUGAGUGAGGUGCCUACAGGUCUUCCUGGAAUGCAAGAGUUGGGUAUCAAAGAGCAAGGGAAGAUGAGCGAAAUUGUCCUGGACAUUUUGAGGCCGUUUAGACCGCAUAAACAGUACUAUGAGACAAUGGAAGAGGUUGUGUUGCCUACACCAGUGGAUGUCGAGGAGUAUAAAAAGUCACUGGAUAAAAGUAAUUUGAAGGACGAAGGAAUUGUGGGAGAUCUGAACAAAACUUACUUAUAGGUGCUACAUUAAUAAAUUUAAUGGCAUCGAAUUAAUUCUUAGAACGAAAUAUAGAUUUAAAUUGACCUUCGAAAGCUG